GCAUUUUGCAAGCUUGAUCAUCUAUAACAAGAAGAGGUUGUUGGGAAAGCUGAAGCGAAGAAUCUGUGUGGUGUUUCAAAGAUGGAGUCUGAGAAGAGGCCAGAGGAUGUUGUGACUGUUGAUGUUGAAGUUGCCAAAGAUCUGUUGCAGAAGGGGCAGCUUUAUUUGGAUGUCAGGACUGUUGAAGAGUAUAACAAGGCCCACGUUGAGAAUGCACUCAAUGUUCCUUACAUGUUCUUGACCUCAGAAGGUCGAGUAAAGAAUCCUGACUUUCUAGCACAAGUUACAUCUAUAUUGAAGAAGGAAGAUCAUGUAGUAGUGGCUUGCAACAGUGGUGGUAGAGGACAUCGCGCUUGCAUCGAUCUUCGUAACGCGGGGUAUGAGCAUGUGAAGAACAUGGCAGGAGGCUACUCUGCUUGGGUUGACAGUGGAUUUGCUGGGGACAAACCAGCUGAAGAGCUCAAAAUAGCUUGUAAGUUCCGAGGUUGAGCAUUUCAAGGACAGAAUCUUUGUUGUUUGUCUGUGUUUUUAGUUCCUGUAAGUUUCAUUGUCUGUGCAAAACCAAGAAGUUUCUAAGUUCCUGUUCCAAUGUAAUAUUAAAAGUUUUAUGAUA